CACCACUUCCUCAGCGCAGACGGCACAUCACCCUUAUGCAAGAUACUUCUUAUCUUCUUGGACAGGUUUCCAAAAGAAAAUGAGAUCUACAACUGAAGCAGCCAGUGUCAACAUGGGAUUCUCUUUAUAUUCUUUGUAUGACUAUGGUGAAGAAUAUGGUCCUGAACCAUGCACCAAAGAAGAAGUAAAGAGUUUUGGAUCAUGGUUCCUUCCCACUUUUUACUCACUAGUCUUCCUGCUUGGUUUGACAGGAAAUACUCUUGUUGUCUUGUUGCUGUUGAAGUACAAGAGGCUGAAAAGCAUGACAGAUAUUUAUGUACUCAAUCUUGCCAUCUCUGACUUGCUUUUUGUUCUUGGUCUUCCUUUCUGGUCUUAUUUCAUGGCUGAUAAAUGGGUAUUUGGAGAUACUUUGUGUAAACUAAUCUCUUGGAUCUUCCAGAUUGGAUUUUUCAGUGGAAUCUUUUUUAUCAUGCUCAUGAGUAUUGAUAGGUAUCUUGCCAUUGUUCAUGUUGCAUUUUCAUUGAAAGCAAGAACUGCCACCUAUGGCACUCUUUCUAGUCUUAUUGUAUGGCUAGUGGCCAUGAAUGCUUCUGUUCCAGAACUGAUAUUUAGCACAUCAGUAAAUGACUCUAAUCGUACUGAAUGCAAAUUAGUAUACUUUAAGAAAAGCACAACAUGGAAACUCUUUAGUUGUUUGGAAAUCAACGUAUUAGGCCUCAUUGUGCCCUCCAUCAUCAUUUCCUUUUGCUAUGCAAGGAUAGUUUUGACCUUGGUUCGUUGCAGAAAUAACAAGAAAAAGAAGGCAGUGAAGAUGAUAUUUGUCGUGGUGGUUGCGUUUUUUUUGUGCUGGACACCUUACAAUAUUGUACUUUUUCUAAAAUGUUUGGAUGAUGUGGGUAUUCUUGGACAAUGUGAAAUCAGCAAAAAUCUGGAUUAUGCAGAUCAGGUGACUCAAAUCCUAGCAUAUUUUCACUGCUGUUUGAAUCCAGUCAUCUAUUUCUUUAUGGGACAAAAAUUCAAGUUAUACAUCAAACAGUUCUUCGAAAACUGUAUCUUUUCGAAAAUAUUUUGUAAAUCUUGUGGGUUCCAUGAGUCUUUCUGUUCUGAGUCAUCACGUUCAGGUUAUACUCAAUCCACUAGUGAUGAAGAGACAUUCUGAAGAACCUGAAAUGAUGUCUUUUGAAGUUGGACCAAUGCAUCAGAACAAUGAUAAAUUUCAUAUCGUGACAAAUAAGCACUGCUUCAAGUAAUUUUGAAAAAAUUGAACAGCCCAUCCAGCUUGGAAAUAUGAAAAGCUAUUUUGCAUUGGACACAGCAGUUACACAGAGUUCUAAGCUUCAAUACACAUAAGUUCAUCCUUUCAGACCUAUGGUCAAAUUCCUGACAAAGACAUUAACUCUUGAGUUUCCUUUCUAAUCAUGGCAUUAGGAGGUCAAGUCUUUUGCUAUCUAGGAAUGUUAUUCUCUUUUCAGAGUUAAGACAGCUUUAAAUCAACUGUUAAUUGAUUUAAACUGUUAAUCAUUAUGCUGGCUAGGGAGUUCUAGGAGUUGAAGUCCACAAAUCUUAAAGUUGCUAAGGUUGAGAAACACUGCUCUAGUAUCUCAGCUACAUAAAAUGUAAGCCAUGCUCCUUUGCAUGGGAGUAUGGAUCUACCUAUGCCUUACUGAAUUCAAACUAACUAUAUAGACAUAUUAUUACAUUUAUGACUGCCCCAAGUUACCACAUUACGAAGGCAGGAGGAUCUUGGCCAUAACCGUCACCUUCAUUUUCCCCUGUUGAUAGGGACAAAAGCAGAGGAUUCAUUCUACCUCCUUCAAAGACAUGCCAUGAUUUUGCAGGAUUCACUCUUUCAGUGUCAAAUGCACACAACCUCACAAAGUGACUCUGCCAUGUUUCUAGAUGAGUGUCUCCCUUGCAAGUUUUAAAAAAAAUCAUUUAAAUGGGCAGUCAUUUCAAAUAAUAACACCAUUAAUACUCAGCUUUUUAAAAGUAAAGAACUGCUGGU